GUCAGUAUGAGAAACCAUACAGUGAUUACAGAAUUUGUUCUCUUAGGCAUCUCAGAUGACCCAAAGCUUCAGAUUAUAAUUUUUAUCUUUCUGUUUAUGGCUUAUGUAUUAAGUGUCACCGGAAACCUAACCAUCAUCAUCCUCACCUUAACAGACUUUCAUCUCAAGACUCCUAUGUAUUACUUCCUGAGGAAUUUCUCCUUCUUAGAAAUUAUAUUCACCAGUGUGUCUAUUCCCAGAUUUUUGGGGACAAUCAUUACUAAAGUCAAGACCAUUUCCUAUAACGAUUGUUUAGCUCAGCUAUUUUUCUUCAUCUUCCUGGGUGUGUCUGAGUUUUUUCUUCUCACUGCCAUGUCUUUUGAUCGCUACGUUGCCAUCUGCAGGCCUCUUCACUACACCACCAUCAUGAACAAGAAAAUCUGCACCCUACUGGUCUUUGGGUCAUGGCUGGGGGGAUUCCUUACCAUUUUCCCACCACUCAUGCUCAUCCUCCAGCUAGAUUUCUGUGCUGCCAAUGUAAUCGAUCAUUUCUCCUGUGACUAUUUCCCCAUUUUACAACUCUCGUGCUCAGAUACAUGGCUUUUAGAGAUGAUUGGCUUUUACUUUGCUUUUGUUACUCUGCUCUUCACGUUGGCAUUCGUGAUUCUUUCCUACAUGUGCAUUCUUAGCACCAUUCUGAGAAUCCCAUCUGCUACUCAGAGGAAAAAGGCUUUCUCCACAUGUUCCUCUCACUUGAUUGUCAUUUCCAUCUCUUAUGGGAGCUGUAUAUUCAUGUAUGUCAAGCCUUCAGCAAAAGAAAGAGCAUCACUGACCAAAGGGGUAGCUAUUCUCAACACCUCAAUUGCCCCCAUGUUGAACCCUUUUAUUUAUACCCUGAGGAACCAGCAAGUAAAACAAGCUUUCAAAACUUUGCUUCAUAAAGUAGUGUUUUCUAGAAACAAAUGAAAGUAUGUAUUAAGAAGAAAGGAUGUUACUGGGAAGAUCCACCAAAGGAAAAACAAAAUUUUGACUUCUACAAUAUGCUUCCAUAUCCAUCUCACAGAUACUUGCAAGGCUGUGCUCAUUUGCUUAAGCUUUCUUGUACACUGAAAGUAACUAUGUUGUGUCUUUCUUUCAAAGUGUGUAUACGUUCCAUUUCCUCAUUGAUUUACAAUUCUGAAUAGAAAGGCAGUGGAUAUAAAACAUACCAUUUUGCUGAUUGCUCCAAAUAGUAAAAAUAUUGUAUACUAUAAUGGCUAAUGGAGUAAAACGUUUUAAAAACAUACUCUUUAUAUUUUAUUUUCUUUUUUUUUUAACGUUUUUUUAUUUAUUUUUGGGACAGAGAGAGA